AUGCCGACCUCUCAAAGUCCUCCACCACCAUUCCGCGUUUGGAAAGUGAUUUUCCCAUUACCAAAUGAACGCGACGAGGACCACGUCGACUGGAUUGGCUGGACGACCAGUGAACUCCUCUUCAAGGUCUGCGGCACCUUUCGUAGAUGGCAGCCUAUAGAGCCGCCCGACGUUUUCGACGACUGGGCAGACUUCCAUGCGAAAAAGAAACAAUUAUUCCUUGAGUUGGAUCCUGAAACGAGAACCAAACUAAAUCAGCCGUAUUCGAGUCAGUUUCACACUCGAGAACUGUCGUCAUGGUGGGUCAACCAUAAGACCAAAAAGGUCGAUAGGAAAUUAGAGGACCCGGAGUCUGACGUUCAGCUUGGACUAUAUUGCGCAAUCCUCCAUACAUCGAAGAAGCUUGUACGCGACUUCGUGAAUCAAGGAGAGCUUGAGCACAUCACGAAUCCGGUAGCAGCAGAGCAACAUGAAAGGGAGUUGGAUGAGGCUUUGAAGAACAACGAAGAGUUGAAGAAGCUGGGGGUGUACGGGGUAGGUGUGGUAGAUAUCAACAAUUUUCUACGUGGCAAGCCUACGAGAGAUAAGGUUCAGGAUGUGAAGGUGGGUGCAGUGAAGGAUAGGGCAAAUCCUACUCCUUGA